GAAAAAAAAUCCUCUCUCUCUGCUUUCUCCUCACUGGAGACAGCUGGCAUUUUAAACUAGAAUGCUGGAUCCAGCGUCCUUGAAGGACCAAUGUCAGAUGUUGGCAUUAUGAAUGUCAGACACCAGACGAUCACGCAGCUCCAUGUCACCAGCAAGGCAGACAGCAUGAAACAAAUCCAGAUGGCAAGGGUUUCUGCCUGUUCUCUGUAGAACCUGCAUGAUAAAUGGACACCGAAGGGUUUGGGGAGCUUCUCCAGCAGGCAGAACAACUUGCAGCUGAGACAGAGGGUAUCUCUGAGCUUCCCCAUGUGGAACGCAACCUCCAGGAGAUCCAGCAGGCAGGGGAACGUCUGCGCUCUCGGACUCUGACCCGCACCUCACAGGAGACUGCAGACGUCAAGGCAUCUGUUCUUCUUGGGUCAAGGGGCCUUGAUAUAUCUCACAUCUCUCAGCGGCUGGAGAGUCUUAGUGCAGCCACUACAUUUGAGCCUCUUGAACCUGUGAAGGACACUGACAUACAGGGAUUCCUGAAGAAUGAAAAAGAUAAUGCAUUGCUGUCAGCUAUUGAAGAGUCCAGGAAGAGGACUUUUGCUAUGGCUGAAGAAUACCAUCGAGAAUCUAUGUUGGUUGAAUGGGAACAGGUGAAACAAAGGAUUCUUCAUACGCUGCUUGCUUCAGGAGAAGAUGCUCUUGACUUUACCCAGGAAAAUGAGCCCAGUUACAUCAGUGAAUUGGGUCCUCCUGGUCGCAGCUCUUUGGACAAUGUGGAGAUGGCAUAUGCCCGACAAAUUUAUAUUUAUAAUGAGAAGAUAGUGAAUGGACAUCUGCAGCCUAACCUGGUAGACCUUUGUGCUGCUGUUGCAGAAUUGGAUGAUAAGAAUAUCUCUGAGAUGUGGGGCAUGGUUAAACAAAUGACAGAUGUUUCGCUGAUUCCCGCAAGUGAUGCAUUAAAAGUACGGACCAGCAUGGAGGUGCGGAUGGAGUUUGUAAGACAAGCUCUGCGAUAUCUAGAGCAAAGUUACAUGAAUUACACAUUGGUGACGGUCUUUGGAAACUUACAUCAGGCUCAGUUGGGUGGAAUACCUGGGACCUACCAACUAGUCCGCAGUUUCCUUAACAUCAAACUCCCAGCACCUGUCCCUGGACUUCAGGAUGGGGAGGUGGAAGGCCAUCCCGUUUGGGCAUUGAUUUAUUAUUGCAUACGCUGUGGAGAUCUCCUUGCAGCUCUGCAUGUGGUGAAUCGGGCACAGCACCAGCUGGGAGAGUUUAAAACCUGGUUCCAGGAGUAUAUGCUCAGUAAAGAUAAAAGAUUAUCCCCUGCCACUGAAAAUAAGCUUCGCCUCCAUUACAGACGAGCCCUGAGGAACAAUACUGACCCUUACAAAAGAGCUGUUUAUUGUAUCAUAGGCCGGUGUGACAUCACUGAUAACCAGAGUGAAGUUGCUGAUAAAACAGAAGAUUAUCUUUGGCUGAAGCUCAAGCAAGUGUGUUUUGAUGAUGAUGGUACCAGCUCCCCACAAGAUAGGUUAACUUUAUCACAGUUCCAGAAACAACUACUUGAAGACUAUGGUGAAUCACAUUUUGCAGUGAAUCAGCAGCCAUUUCUCUACUUCCAAGUAUUGUUCUUGACAGCACAGUUUGAAGCUGCAGUUGCUUUUCUUUUUCGGACAGAGCGCUUGCGUUGUCAUGCUGUUCAUGUUGCUUUGGUUCUAUUUGAGUUAAAGCUCCUCCUCAAAUCUUCUGGGCAGAGUGCACAGCUAUUGAGUCAUGAGCCUGGUGACCCUCCUGGCAUCCGGCGCCUUAAUUUUGUUCGCCUUUUGAUGCUUUACACCCGUAAGUUUGAGUCAACAGACCCCAGAGAAGCCCUGCAGUAUUUUUACUUUCUCAGGAACGAGAAGGAUAACCAAGGAGAAAAUAUGUUCUUGCGUUGUGUUAGUGAGCUAGUAAUUGAAAGCAGAGAGUUUGAUAUGAUUCUUGGGAAGGUGGAGAAUGAUGGCAGUAGAAAGCCUGGAGUCAUAGACAAGUUUACUAGUGACACAAAGCUUAUCAUUAACAAAGUUGCUUCAGCAGCAGAAAAUAAAGGCUUGUUUGAAGAAGCUGCAAAACUUUAUGACCUUGCAAAGAAUCCAGACAAGGUUUUAGAACUGAUGAAUAAAUUACUCAGCCCCAUGGUGCCACAGAUCAGCAGUCCCCAGUCGAAUAAAGAGAGGCUGAAGAACAUGGCACAUUCCAUUGCAGAGAGGUAUAAAGCUCAAGGGAUAAGUGCAAAGAAAUCUGUUGACUCCACAUUCUACCUUCUGUUAGACUUGAUCACAUUUUUUGAUGAAUAUCAUGCUGGUCACAUUGACAGAGCCUUUGAUAUUAUUGAACAUCUAAAGCUUGUACCGCUCAGCCAAGACUGUGUGGAAGAGAGGGUGGCUGCCUUCAGAAAUUUCACCGAUGAAAUCAGGCACAAUUUAUCUGAAGUUCUUCUGGCAACAAUGAAUAUUUUGUUCACCCAGUAUAAGAGAAUCAAAGGCACGAGCCCGGCCACUCCUGCCAGACCCCAACGGGUAAUGGAGGACAGAGAUUCGCAACUCCGAUCUCAAGCUCGCGCCUUGAUAACGUUUGCUGGAAUGAUCCCCUACAGAACAUCAGGAGACACAAAUGCAAGACUGGUGCAGAUGGAGGUCCUUAUGAAUUAGCAGAGGCACUCUCACUUAGAGCUGUAACAUCCACAUGCUGAUAUUAGUACAAAAGGAGGGUGGGCCCAGUAUCAUUUUGUAUUCUGUAUUUUUGUUGAUGAAAAUAAAUUCCUUUGAUUUAUAUUA